AUGUCUGGAGUAACCGAUCAAGAAAAAUUUGGAGAGUGCGGGCUUCCGGGAUGGAAAAAAAUAUUUAUUCAACGGAAGAGUGGUAAAACAAAAGGAAAGUAUGAUGUUUACGUUAUCAGUCCAGAGGGUCGAAAAUUUCGCUCUCGCGUCGAACUUGAGAGAUACAUUUCAACUAUACAGAAUGAUUUAUCGAUGGACAAUGUUGAUUUCAAGAUCCCAAAUUCGUUACUCUACCCGAAGAAACCACAUCAAAGUGCUGUGGAAGGAUCAGAUGGAUGUUGUAAUGCAGAAAGAGCCACACAGGACACUAAACACACUGAAUUCACUGAAUUAAAGUCGAAGCUUCAGACGAAGUCUCCGUAUUUUUCCCGGAGAAAGAAACGUUUAAAUCCACAGCGAGAAAAAUCUUCUUUCACCAAACGACGGCGAAAAGACACCCGCUCUUCUAGAACGUUAAAAGAAGUUCCCAAACAAGAUAAUAAAAGAUCAAGGCGAUCAAAAACAAGUGUAGCACUUUCGCGUAAAAUGGCGCGAAAUAGGGUACAAGAUAAGCACAUUUCUAAAGAUCCAGUACACCCCACCAAUAGGAAGUCUGAAGCAUCAAAAAGAACACACGAGCUUGCUGUUGUCGUGAGCUCAAAGUCUGUUAACCUCGAUUCAAAUGGAAGUGAUUGUUCUUUAGUUUCUACAAGUGAUUAUUUUAGGACAACAUCUGAACAAGAGUCGAGAUCAUACUCAUCAUUAACCUGGAUCCCUCCUAAAUCUCCUUUUAAUUUGAUUCAAGAAAGCCUCUUUCAUGAUCCUUGGAAGUUACUGAUUGCUACAAUAUUCCUUAAUCGAACAACAGGCAGAAAGGCUAUCCCAGUCAUGUGGGAAUUUUUUAGGAAAUUUCCAAAUCCUGAAGUAACAAGUAAAGCUGACUGGAAAGAAAUUGCUGGUAUGUACGGGCCUUUUCAAUGUACAACCAGAAAAUUUCUGAUUACCUUAAAUGCCUGAAUUAGGUCCUUGCUUCAAAUAAGCACCCUUACCCACCUCUACUGCAGGGUCAUCAGUUUUUUAAACUGUGAAAAUGCAACCAUCACUAAAAGAAGUCAUUAUUUUGAAAAUGAAAUGAUCAGCAUGUCAUGAGCGUGGGAUGAAGAAAAAAUCUGAGUCCCCAACAGGAUUCGAACCUGUGACCUCCCGAACACCAGGUGGGUGCUCUAUCCGCUCAUACAUCCAACUCUCCCAGAUUAUCCAGGAGUCUCCCAGAUAUGACAGCAAUCUCCCGGUCUCCCAUGCAGGUCACCAAAUCUGCCAGAUAAAAUCGAGUUAUGAGCUUUUUUGUACUUUAAUUUGGAAUUUAUCCCAUUUUCUCCCAAAAUUCGAAUUUUCUUUGAUUCAAAGUUCAGUUUCUGGGGCAUUUAAGCAUUUAUUUCAUCACUCACAAAGAUUAUUUUGCCAUUAUGAUCAUAAAAGCUAAUUGUGAUGGUCUGUAACUCAUGUAAGACUUCAUAUAAUGUCCUAAGCAGACGAGGGACUGGAUCAAAUUGUGCUUACUGGGGAGGGGGGGGUGUGGGGGUCAGGGAGGUUUGAUCGUUGAUAUUCGGAGGUGGGGGGGGUAAUACAAAAGAACGAGUCUCCAGAUUUUAGAUUUCCAGAGGCUGACAUCUCUGUCUACUUAAGCUACAGAGAACUCAUGGAGAGCAAGGCCAUAUACUAGGUUCAUAUCAACGGUGGCACAGUGGUGAGAGCACUCGCCUCCCACCAAUGUGGCCCAGGUUCAAAUCCCGGCAUCGACGCCAUGUGUGGGUUGAGUUUGUUGUUGGUUCUCUCCUUUGCUCUGAGAGGUUUUUCUCCUGGUACUCCGGUUUUGCCCUCUCCUCAAAAACCAACAUUUCCAAAUUCCAAUUUGACCAGGAAUCAGGUAGAUGAAGAACCACUUACUGGAUGUGCUACCUCUAAAUCAUUAUUUAAUUUAUUCAGGAGGGGGAAUAGUCAGUCAUCCUAGUACUAUUGCUGCAAGAUUAUAAGAAAGAUAAAUAGGUCUAAAAUAAAUUAUUCCAUUUUACCACGUUUAUGGCAGUUAUGCCUGCUCAAAACUUCUUGGUAAAGACCAUAUGUUAUGGUCCUUUGAUACUACAUUUUGAUGAGGAGACUGCCACUUACUGAUGUUUUGUUCUGUUUCUUCCUUAGAACUCAUUCAGUCCCUGGGACUCCAAGAAAAACGGGCCAAAAUUAUCAUCAGAUUUUCAGAGGAGUUUUUAACCAAGGACUGGCAUUAUCCGAAAGAAUUGCAUGGCAUUGGAAAGUAUGGGGAUGAUUCCUAUAGGAUUUUUUGUCUUGGGGAUUGGAAAAAUGUAAAACCCGAUGAUCACAAGCUUAAUUACUACCACAGCUGGCUCUGGGAACAAGAAAAGCAAGGAAGUUUGACUUCAUAG